AUAUAUCUAUUUUUGAACAAAAAAUUCAGUUCAGUGAGAAACAAUAAACACGAAAAACAUGUGUUUCAUUGUAAAAUACGUACUUUUAAUUGCCAAUUUUAUAUUUACACUAGCAGGCUUAACCCUUUUAGGGCUAGGUAUAGCUGCUCUAGUGAACACAUCAGAUUUAUCCGGUGUCGCUACAACACCUCUAAAUGCGAUUGCUAUAUCGAUCAUCGUCUUGGGAGCUCUCGUAUUCCUGAUAGCGUUCUUCGGAUGCUGUGGGUCUAUGAAGGAGAACAGAUGCCUUCUCUUAACUUACGCCUUAUGUCUGUUGCUGUUGGCCGGUGCAAAAAUAUAUUUAACAGUGCUGAUGUUCACCAGUGAGGAUAGCGUCGGUGAUCUGGUCGAAGAGUGGAUCGAAAAAGCAUUCUAUAACAACGAACUAAGAGAUACCAUGCACGCUAUUGAAACUGCGUUCGAAUGUUGUGGUACCACCGGCCCAAACUCAUACUUUGGUAUACUACAAGCAUUACCGCCUUCAUGCUGCCCAUACACUGUAUCCCAGCGGUGUGAAAUUAGUAAUGCCUUCGGAGGCUGUAUCAACAUUAUCACUGAGUUCUUGUCAAAAUACAGUGAUGUCUUUGGCGGUAUUUUAGCAUCAAUAUUGGCUAUUGAGUUUGUGGCGAUGUUGUUUGCAGUAAUGCUUGCAUGUAACAUUGGUGCAAAGAGACGAUAAACUGUAGACGUACCUAAGUUCAUGGGGUCUACCUUAGCUGUGCUGGUCCAGUAUUAAUUUGAAUUGUCGUUAAUCGUAAUUGUAUCUUGAUUUCCGGUGUUAAGGUGCAUUUUACAACAGAUAAAAAUAACUGUUUUCCUGCUUUGGAGGUUAUGGUAUCUACAGAUCUCAACAUUAACUUAAAAACCAGAACUUCAUAUAAAGACAGUUACACACGAACGUCAUCUAAACGAUAAUAGAAAUAAAAAAAUGUUUGUUUGUUACCUAUGAAAUUAAAUGAUCUACAUUAUAAUUAUUGAUAAACAGA